AUGCCGUGGUGGUUGAUUUCUCUCACCUUCAUUUAUCGCCUAUUUCUUUGUGCGACUAUUCGCACUGUGGAGGCCCCGGACGAGUGGUGGCAGAGCACAGAAGUGGCAUAUAAUAUGGUUUUUGGAAAGGGGCAUUUGCCGUGGGAAUGGCGUUACGGGUUGCGCUCUGUUUUUUUUCCGGCUGUUGUGGCACUACCUUUCUAUCUGUUGAAGUUGCUUGGACGCGACACAACGUGGGCUGUUUGGUUCGCCCCACGUGUGUUGCAAGCACUGGUUCUCACACUAAUAGAUGUUAGUGUAUUUCGCAUGGGUGCUACGCUGGAUGAACUACUGGCGAAACGUGAACUGGAAUUAGCUGAGGAAAUGCGGCAGUCAAAGACAAAGGGAUUUUCUUAUUUUCGUGAAGUCUUCGUGUCUCGCAGUCGACGAGGUAUUUGCAACUCCAUAUCGUAUACGGCACUGUUGCUCUCAUUGAGUAACUGGUACAUGGCCUACUGUGGAGUGCGGCUGUACGGCAACGUCAUUGAAGCCUUGCUGGUGCUUUUAACGCUGCAGCAGCGUCGCUACGUCCCGUUUCUGCUUCUCACUGGACUCGCCUCAGCAAUUCGAGUGACAUCCGCCGUUGUCCUUUCACCCCUUGUUUUUCGUCACUUAGCGAAUGCCACGCGAGAACAUGGAUUCACUCGGGGGCUGUUCCGGAUCGUUUUAACAGGCCUAAUCGUGCUUGUAGCUGUGUUAGGGGGAGUAAUGGUACUCGAUUACUGUUUUUAUGGCCGGUGGGUCCUGACGCCACUUGCUUUUUUCCGAUUCAAUGUGCUACACAACCUCAGCCGCUUCUUUGGUGAGCAUCCGUGGUACUUCUACGUGGGCCCUGUGCUCGUUGGUAUUGUGGGUCCCCAUGUUCUCUUCACAAUUGCAGCGCCUCUUGUGUUGUGGCGUGAUACCGCUUCCCGUGCCGUCUCCCGGCCUGUUCUUGGGAUGCUGGGCAUCGGUGCAUGGACACUAGGAUUCUAUUCCUUGAUUGAUCACAAAGAAAUGCGUUUUGUUUUUGUAGUCAUCCCAUUGUCCCUUAUUACAGCUGCCUUUGUGCUGGUGCGUUGGAGUCGAACAUCGGCUGUAGUAGUGAAAAUGAACCGUCUGUUUGUAUUGUUCAACAUUGUUAUGAUCUAUUUGAUGGGCUACGUGUACCGGAGAGGCCCUCUGGAUGUAAUGGCUGAGGUGCGUGACGGCCCGAGAAUUAACCGGCUCGACGUAAUUGCAACAUGUUACACGGUGCCCGGAUAUAGCUACAUGCACAGGAAGGUAAAUCAUCUGGGUUUCGUUGACUGUUCUAUUGACUUGGAUGAGAAAACGGGACUUCCUAAAGUUACGGAAGAUAUAAUGUUUCGCCGCUAUCCGAAAGAAUAUGUGUUGUGGAGAUAUGAUGGUAAACAUAGUUUUAACAUGGGUGAUCUGGAGGAAAGUCGAAAGGCUUCGGAGCUGCAGAGUGUUGUGAUGCCGAAAUCUGCGCCUCAUCCCGACGCAAUGGUAAUGACUCGUGCAGUAGCGAAGGAAAUAGAGGAACCAUUCCUUAAGAGACACGGUUACAGACUUUAUCGUACGUUUCUACACAGUCCAUUAACACUGGCUCCCUAUGAAGACAUUUAUAUACAAAUGUGGGUCAAGGUGACGAAGUGA